GUGGGUAGUGACCCUGCCUAUGAAGCCGAUGGCCCCGUGUUCGACUCCUGGUAAGGGCAUUUAUUUGUGUGAUGAACACAAAUAUUUGUUCCCGAGUCGCGGGUGUUUUCUAUGUAGUAUGUAUUAUUUACCUAUAUAAUACGUAUAUACAUCGUCGACUAGUACUCAUAGUACGAGCUUUGCUUAGGGGCUAAGUCGAUUUGUGUACGAUUGUCCCCAAAUACUUAUUUCUUAAAUGUAAUUGCUACUACAUACAAAUAUAAUACGCUUACACAACACACGCGGACACAGUUGACUAAACAUAAUUACUAAAACAAUACAAACACCUAUUGUUUAUAUAACCAACCUUGUCACAUAUUAUAAUGUACCACACUUCAGUAACUUUUGAGGUCGGUCAUUGAUUUGAGAAAACUGGCAACACAGUCUCACGCACAUCACUUGCCCGUCCGUCGCGGCACGCGAUCGUUGUCUCAAAUUAAAAAGUAAAAAUUCAAAAUGGCGCGCGUUUUCCGCGCUUUUCGCCGGCCGUUCUUUUUUCAAACUCGACACGAAUCUACUAUGGCGUCGUUGACGAAGGACGAGAUUUUGAUACUUAUGCGACCGCCUUUUACGAAUUGGAGCAAUAUUAUAAGAGAGGCGGAGAAAGUUGUGGGAUAUCCUACUUCGUUUAUGAAUCUGAGGUGCCUGUUGAGUGACGAGUUUGCUAAUAUGGCGCUGUAUCUAAGGAAAUUGCUUGGCAGCAACCACCUCGUGAUGCAGACAGCAAAGAACGUCCUCUAUGGAGACUCCAAGAACCUUCAACCCUGGGGGCUGAUCAUCCUCCUUCUCUCAAAGUCAGUCAAGACCUCAUCAGCAUACACACUACAGUCCAAACAGAUAGAAGAGAAGCAGAGACUCCUAGCUGAACUGACUGAGAUGAUGAGAACAGGGCAUCUUAUACAUAAAGGCAUUGUUAAUGUCCCAUUCGCUAAAAGAUCCAAAAGCACAGAAUCAGCGAUUUUCGGAAACAAAAUAGCAUUACUCCUUGGAGAUUAUAUCUUAGUAACAGCCAAUGAUAUGCUCGCAAAGCUAAGGAACUCUGAUGUCUCCUACAUAAUUUCCUCAGCUUUAAGAGACUUAUCCGAAGGAGAAUUUUUCGGAGAACGCGAUGAACAGAACCAACCUAUUCCAGGAAAACCUAAAGCAGUUGUCGAUGAUUUAGACAUCACUUUUGAUACAACUACAAUCUCAGUUGAUGAUGUCUUGGGGAGACCAAGGAAAGAAUGGACAAUCAGAUCAGUUUAUAACGGUGCAUCGUUGCUUGGAAGAGGAUGCCAAGCUGCGAUGGUCCUCGGCCAACAGAAUAGGGAAACUAUCAGCUUUGCGUAUCAUUUUGGAUGUCAUGUCGGUCUAGCAUGGCAGGCUGCUGCUGAAAACCAGACUUUAACAUCGGACAGCAAGGACCAGUUUUGCUUAGCGAGUGCCCCUGUUCUGUUCGCUUUGGAAGAAAAUCCAGGUCUAUACCAGAUAAUAGACCAAGCGAAAGGAGACUUAAAAGACGUCGACUAUGAAGAUCUUAAAUUUAAUAUUCUAAAGACUGAUGCUAUAAAUAAAACUCAGAAGCUGUAUGAAGAUCAUGCGCAGAAAGCCAUAGCUUAUAUUGAAAGUAUUGGACAGAACGAAUCGGUCGAUAUGAUUAAGAAAUUGAUAAACACUUUCUAAAGACGUUAUGAAUUUAAAGGCGUUAGGAAAGUACCCUAAAGAUGUAGGUAUUCGUGUUGUGACUUAAUAUACCUAUUUAAUAUUAUUAUGAUCUUGCCAAAAUCAGAAUGAAAAUAUUGACUACAAAAUACUUACUUAUACUGCUGUGGUGCAGCGACCCGAAGUGGAUGUUGGCCUCCGACACCGAAGACCGCCAUGCUUCUCGGCCCAAAACCGUUUCUGUCCAGUCGACGUCGCCGCUAAGGUCUUUUUGCCAAUUUAAUUUUAAGGUCUUUUUGACGAAGUGCAAAAAGACUACAAAAUAAAAAUAGAUUUGUUUUUUCUAUUUGCGUAUAGAUGCGUAAAUUUUUGGUUCAAAACUUUAAUUUACAUACUAUAGGAGUGCCCCAAUGUUACACGAUGAUGUAUUAUACUUAUUUCAAAUGUUUUUCAAAAUUGUGG